UUGCUCACAUGUCAUUUAAAAGAGAUUCUGAUAAUUAGGCCUACUUCAUAGUUCAAUAAGCUUGUUGAAAACAAAUUCGCUUAGUUGAGAAUAUCUUUAAGACAUUGCGAUUACGACAGCUGACUAAAUGAUGGUCUUACGGUCACUACAAUCACGAGGUUGCCAGCCUUUUAAACGAUUCCACCGAUUGUUUGCGACAAGUGUGAGCUCCGAUAUUUCUUCAGCUGCCAAAUCAACCCCUCUUUCACAACCAUUGCCUGGACUCCCCAAACCAAUUUUUGCUACUGUUGGAUCCAGUAAUCAUGAAACCAAAAUAACCGUUUUGGAAAAUGGUCUUCGAGUUGCAUCAGAAAACAGAUAUGGAAAGUUUUCAACCGUUGGAGUUGUAAUUGAUUCAGGAUCAAGAUAUGAAGUUGCAUAUCCCAGUGGGGUUUCACAUUUCUUGGAGAAGUUGGCUUUUGGGGCCACUCAAGAAUAUGGAGAUCGUGACAAAAUCAUGCAAGUUUUGGAAAAGCAUGGUGGUAUUUGUGAUUGUCAAUCAUCCAGGGAUACCUUUAUUUAUGCUGCCUCAAUUGAAACAUCAGCUCUAGAUACUGCCAUUAAAGUACUGGGUGAAGUUAUUUUACGACCAAAAUUAACUCCGCAAGAGAUCGACGAUGCACGUCUGGUGAUUUCGUUUGAAUUAGAAAAUAUGGAAAUCCGUCCUGAACAAGAACCUCUACUUUUGGAAAUGAUUCAUGCGGCUGCUUACAGGGAUAAUACGCUUGGCUUGCCGAAAGUUUGCCCCCAGGAAAAUGUGACCACGAUUGAUCAAUCGAUAAUUUACACGUUUCUCAACAGUCAUUACGACCCGUCGAGAAUGGUUCUUGCUGGUGUAGGAGUCGAGCACGAGGCUUUGGUCGAAUGCGCUCAAAAGUAUUUUGUUGAAAAGAAACCAAUUUGGGUGCAAGAUAGCUCUCUAGUUAUCCCCGGCCGUAGAGAGAUUGAUCGUUCAUUAGCUCAAUAUACCGGUGGAAUGGUCAAGGUGGAGAAGGAUUUGUCCGACGUCAGUCUAGGUCCAAAUCCCAUGCCGGAAUUAGCUCACAUCGUCCUCGGAGUCGAGAGUGGUUCCCAUCAACACGACGACUUUGUUGCUCUUUGUGUUCUCAGUAUGAUGAUGGGAGGUGGUGGAUCGUUCUCUGCUGGUGGUCCCGGCAAGGGAAUGUACACUCGUCUUUAUACAAAUGCUUUAAACAGAUAUCACUGGAUGCAUAAUGCCACUGCUUACAAUCAUGCGUAUGCUGAUUCUGGCGUUUUCUGCAUUCAUGCUUCGUCCCACCCAUCACAACUGAGAGAAUUGGUAGAUGUUAUCACUCGCGAAUUAGUUGCAAUGGCUGGAAUUAUCGAGCAUUCGGAAUUAUCGCGGGCCAAAAAACAAUUGCAAUCAAUGCUUUUGAUGAACCUUGAGAGUCGUCCUGUAGUUUUUGAAGACAUUGCUCGACAAGUUCUGGCUACUGGCAAGCGGAAGCGAACGGAAGAGUUCAUUGAUAAAAUCCGUUCUAUUACAGCUGAAGAUAUUCAGAGAGUCGCUAGUCGAAUGCUGAAAACCAAGCCUUCAGUGGCCGCUCUCGGUGAUUUAAGGAGACUCCCUGAAUACCAGUCAAUCGAAUCUGCCCUAUCAAGUGCUGACGGCAAACUCCCGCGACGAGGAAGAUUUUCCGUCUUCCACUAAUCUUGAUGAACCUUAUCCGCUUGAGGGCAUUAUCGUCCAUCGUUUCUGAUCGGAAGUUAUGAAGAAAACAACAUCGAUAAGUCGGCAAGUCAACUACAACAAUGUUAUAUUUGGUUGUACAUCGCGACCCAUAGAAUCUUGUGUUUUAAAUAAAAUUCUUUUUGAUUA